ACUUCAACCAAUAAUUCUGUCAUUUACUCAGAAAAAGUAUUUUUUGUGCGAGAAAGACGAACAGAGGAUGCUGCCUCACUCCUACUCAGCAGUGACGUUCGCUCGUCGCUAUCGUGCGCCAAUCAGGCGACAUCUUUUACCCUUCUUCACCGGCUACCUCUUUCCCAACCCCACACUUCCUGCUUUCGCUCUCGUCUCAUCGUCCUACCGCCUCCCGGCGCCCAACCUCUUCACGGAUAACUCUCUCAUCUCUGCCAUGGAGCGAUUCUAUAGUACUGAAAGCACCUUGAGUGGAAACAGGGGAAUGAUUAAUCAGUUGAAGAGUAUUGGUGUAAUCAAAUCAGAGGACGUGGCAAAAGUAAUGCAAAGUAUUGAUAGGGCUUUGUUUGUGCCCAAGGACACACCACCUUACUUUGACAGCCCAAUGAGUAUAGGCUAUAAUGUCACUAUCUCAGCACCUCACAUGCAUGCAUUGUGUCUCGAAUUGUUGAAGGAUAGGUUGCAACCAGGCAUGCGUGCCUUAGAUGUUGGUUCAGGUACUGGAUAUCUCACAGCGUGUUUUGCUCAAAUGGUUGGACCACAAGGUCAGGCAGUAGGUGUGGAUCAUAUCCCGGAGUUGGUUACCUUGUCUAUAGAGAAUGUUCAGAAAAGUGCUGCUGCUCCAUUACUAAAAGAUGGAUCCCUCUCACUGCACAUUGGUGAUGGAAGGGAUGGAUGGCCAGAGCAUGCACCUUAUGAUGCCAUCCACGUGGGAGCGGCAGCAACAGGUGACAUACCAAAAGCCCUCAUUGAUCAGCUGAAGCCAGGCGGGAGAUUGGUCAUUCCGGUGGGGGUGGUCUUCCAGGAGUUGAAGGUUGUGGACAAGAAUUCAGAUGGCACAAUUAGCGACCAUAGUGUGACUGAUGUCAGGUAUGUUCCGCUGACCAGUCGAGACGCACAGUUAGGCGCCCAGUAAAGACGGGUUCUCAACUAUGCCAGUUAAUCAGUUUUCUUUUUAUUGUUGGGGCUUUAGAAGUUAUCAUCCGUAUUACAUAGCUUGUAUAAUGAAUUAUGUACUAAUCAUGUUAAUAUUGGAAUGUCAACGAAAAUAAGAGAAUCACUUUAUAAUUAGCAUGUUGUAUGUGUGUCGGACUUGACACACUUAAAAAUAUACAUCCAUACAUUUUUGUGUUGUGAUAUAUUGAUUUAUUUAGAGCCCAUUUGGUAGCAC